UACUUUGAGCGGAGACACAUAAAGGCACAUGAACAGCUGGAUAUAACUCUGUGAGGAAGAUUUUACAGUAGAUCACCGUCUAUAGUUGAUAAUAAAUAUUCAGAUUUAAUCCAACACAUCAAGAUGAAGACAUUGCUUUUGUUCUUACUGAGUGUGGCAGUAACUCUGGCGAUGCCUCUGCUUGCUCCUGGUGUGGCACAAGACCCUGAUUUAUCUACAGAAGAGCAGCCCCCCCUGGUGGCAGACUGGGAGCCUGUGCAGGGUCAUGUGGAGGUUCCCGAACCACUGGCCAGACUGGGCUCCCCAAAAUCAUCUGCAGCUCAGGAGGACAUGGAGCAGAUCCAGAAAGAGAAUCUAGAGGAAGUAGAGGUUCAAGUGGAGCCACACGAUAAGGUGGAGCAAGAAAGUGUAGAGGCUAAAGUAAGGCCGGAGGUUAAAGUGGAUCAAAUGUUUGUAGCAGAGCCAGAAGUUAAAGAAGAACAAAAGGUUAAGGUGAAGCCAGAAGUUGAAGAACAAGAGGUAAAGGUGGAGCCAGAAGUUAAAGAGGAACAAAAGGUUAAGGUGAAGCCAGAAGUUGAAGAACAAGAGGUUAAGGCAGUGCCAGAAGUUAAAGAGGAACAAAACGUUAAGGUGGAGCAAGAAGUUAAAGAGGAACAAGAUGUGAAGGUGGAGCAGGAGGUUAAAGCAGAGCCAGAUGGUGAGCCAGAGCCACAAGUUAAGAUAGAUCAAGAGCCGAUGCGAGCUGACUCCGACUUUAAGGAGGAGUCAGAGGUUAAGGUAGAACCAGAUUUUCAACCAGAGCCAGAACUCAGAGAGAACCCGAUGUUUGAUGAGGAGUUUCACGUGCAGAUGAACCUGGAGGCGGAGGCUGAACCGGGUCAGGAGGUUGAAGAGAGGCACAUGGACAUGGAGAGAAAUUAUGAAAUCAUAGAUGAGCCAGUCAUGGAGUCUGAGCCACGGGACGACGUGAGCAUGUUCAGAGAGGAAUUGAGCGACACAGAGCUGAACGAGAUGGAGAAGUCUAUGAGGGCAGCUUUUCAGAGCCAAUAUUCCGCAGUUGAACCUCUAUCAGAAGAGGAGCUGCUCGUGAAGAAGCAUGUUAAGGUGGAGCAAGAAGUUAAAGAGCAGCAAGCUAUGAAAGCGGAGCAGGAGGUUAAAGCAGAGCCAGAGGAUGACCCAGAGCCACAAGUUAAGGUAGAUCAAGAGCCGAUGCGAGCUGACUCCGACUUUAAGGUUGAACCAGAUGUUCAACUAGAGCCAGAACUCAGAGAAAACCCGAUGUUUGAUGAGGAGUUUCACGUGCAGAUGAACCUGGAGGCGGAGGCUGAACCGGGUCAGGAGGUUGAAGAGAGGCAUAUGGAGAUGGAGAGAAAUUAUGAAAUCAUAGAUGAGCCAGUCAUGGAGUCUGAGCCACGGGACGACGUGAGCAUGUUCAGAGAGGAAUUGAGCGACACAGAGCUGAACGAGAUGGAGAAGUCUAUGAGGGCAGCUUUUCAGAGCCAAUAUUCUGCAGUUGAACCUCUAUCAGAAGAGGAGCUGCUCGUGAAGAAGCAUGUUAAGGUGGAGCAAGAAGUUAAAGAGCAGCAAGAUAUGAAAGCGGAGCAGGAGGUUAAAGCAGAGCCAGAGGAUGAGCCAGAGCCACAAGUUAAGGUAGAUCAAGAGCCGAUGCGAGCUGACUCCGACUUUAAGGUCGAACCAGAUGUUCAACUAGAGCCAGAACUCAGAGAGAACCCGAUGUUUGAUGAGGAGUUUCACAUGCAGAUGAACCUGGAGGUGGAGGCUGAACCGGGUCAGGAGGUUGAAGAGAGGCACAUGGACAUGGAGAGAAAUUAUGAAAUCAUAUAUGAGCCAGUCAUGGAGUCUGAGCCUAAGGAAGACGUGAGCAUGUUCAGAGAGGAAUUGAGCGACGCAGAGCUGAACGAGAUGGAGAAGUCUAUGAGGUCAGCUUUUCAGAGCCAAAAUUCCGCAGUUGAACCUCUAUCAGAAGAGGAGCUGCUCAUGAAGAAGCAUGAAGAACUAAACAUGGAGCUGGAGCCUGAGAUGAGGAAUGAACCUUUUGAUUAUCAAGAGGCCGUCGUUGAACCUCUGUCAGAAAAGGAGGGGCUUGUGACGAGGGAUGAGGAACCAGUCAUGGAGCUGGAGCCUGAGAUGAGGAAUGAACCGUUUCAAAGUCAAGAGGCCGUCCCAGAUGCGAUCGUGGACGAGGGGCAGGCAUAGGACUUUAUGUGAGAGUAGAUUUCAUCUUUAGGGAACUAAUUCUCAAAUGAGGAGGCGAGAAUGAAGAUGGAUUCUCUCACAGCAGAUGGAGCUUGUCAGUGAGGUGAUUCUCUCUGAGGAGGCAGCGGUGCAAGACUGGCCUGUUGUUGAUGGAGGUGCUCAAGAGACAAUGUGAUCAGCAAAAAAACUCCUUACAAAAAUUAUAUGCUCAAAUGUAUAUUUGAAAAAUACUUUAGUGUAUGAAAUACUUAUACAAAAUACAUAAAAAUACUGAUGAAAAUAGAACCUCCUUGGCGCAAUCAAUAAAAACGAAUACCUUGUACAGAU